AUGCCCAAGUUCUCUAUACUAAUAGGCUACCUUUACCCCUACCUAGGCCUUAACACUAAUGCCACCCUUAUUACCUACGUCCUCGGCACUCUAUUACCUGCCUCCUAUACCUGCUUAAGCGCCUCUAUAUGCCCUAUACCUAUGCCGAUCGACUUCGGCCGUUCCCGCGCCUACCGCUCUUCCUUGCCCGUCGAUCGCGCGGCGUACCUAGUCUAUAACCGUAACGACCUUACCCUUACUACUAUAACUAUUAUUUUAAAGGAGGAGGAUAAGGAGGAAAAGGUCGUAAAACUAUCUCUAUAG